AUGUCUUUGACAAACUGUCGCUUUUACGAGGAGAAGUAUCCGGAGAUCGAUAGCUUCGUCAUGGUGAAUGUCAAGCAGAUUGCCGAUAUGGGUGCAUAUGUCAAACUGCUCGAAUACGAUAACAUCGACGGCAUGAUCCUGCUAUCCGAACUCUCGAGACGUCGUAUCCGAAGUAUCCAAAAGCUGAUUCGCGUCGGUCGUAACGAGGUAGUGGUCGUGCUCCGAGUCGAUAAGGAGAAGGGAUAUAUCGAUCUCUCGAAGCGUCGUGUUUCUCCGGAGGACAUUGUUAAGUGCGAAGAACGGUACAACAAGAGCAAGAUGGUUCACUCCAUUAUGCGCCAUGUGGCUGAGAAGACCCUUGUUCCCAUCGAGACUCUGUAUGAGAGUAUAGGCUGGCCCUUGAACAAGAAGUACGGUCACUCUAUCGAUGCGUUCAAGCUCUCCAUAACGAACCCCGACGUAUGGAGCGACAUCACAUUCCCAAGCGAGGCGGUGGCAGAGGAGUUGAAGUCGUACAUCGGAAAGCGCCUGACACCCCAACCCACGAAGGUUCGUGCAGACAUCGAAGUCACCUGCUUCGAGUAUGACGGAAUCGACGCCGUGAAGGCGGCUUUAAGAACGGCAGAGGCCCAAAAUACUGCGGAGAUCCAAGUGAAAGUACGACUCGUCUCCCCCCCUCUCUACGUUUUAACUAGCACGUGUCUGGACAAGAACAUCGGUAUCCAGCGACUGGAGGAGGCCAUUGUGGAUAUUCGCAACAGUAUCACGAGCACGGGUGGUCAACUUGUCGUCAAGAUGGAACCGAAGGCAGUCACAGAUUCGGAUGACGCCGAAUUGCAAGCAUUGAUGGAGAAACGAGAACGUGAGAACGCGGAAGUUAGUGGGGAUGAGAGCGUCAGCGAGAGCGAUGACAACAUUCCCGAGACCGUGCCGGCAUGGUCACGGAUCAGAAGUGAACGGGGACGCUAUGGUAGAAUCGGAUAUCGCAUAUUCGCAUUCGCAACUUGGAUUCCCGUGAUCUCCAUGUUCCACCAUUACAUUGGUGAAGUGGCUUCGAUUAGCGGCCCCUCGAUGUAUCCGUUCUUGAACGCGGAGAAAGACCAGACAACACGGGAAGAUAUAGUGAUCAAUUACAAGCUCAACGCGCAGUAUGGGUUGCGACGAGGCAUGAUCGUUACUUUCUGGACACCUACUGACCCGGACAUCGUUGCCGUGAAAAGGAUUGUCGGGCUCGAGGGUGACAUCAUAAGAACACGAAGUCCUUAUCCCUCUAGCAUCGUCCGAGUGCCGAUGGGGCAUGUUUGGGUUGAGGGAGAUGGAGGCGAGCGCUUGAGUAGGGAUAGCAACACCUACGGACCGAUUUCGACGAAUCUGAUAAUUGGUAAGGUCACCCACGUCGUGUGGCCGUGGCAUAGAGCUGGUAGAGAGAACAAAUCUUCAUUGCCAGAUAUCAAGUUUGCAGUCCAGGCGUAUGGUCAUAAGAUGACCCCCAACGAUGGGGAAUUGGAGGGACGCCCGCCCUAUAUCCACUCCAUGGUCGCCGGAGGGCUUGGUGGGACCACUGGUGAUAUGCUGAUGCACUCGCUCGAUACUGUCAAAACCCGACAGCAAGGAGAUCCUCACUUCCCGCCCAAAUAUACUUCUUUAGGAUCUUCAUAUUAUACAAUAUGGCGACAGGAAGGAAUUCGACGAGGGUUGUAUGGGGGUUGGCUCCCGGCCAUGAUGGGUUCGUUCCCGGGCACCGUUCUCUUCUUUGGAACGUAUGAAUGGAGCAAGCGGCAUAUGCUAGAUUAUGGCAUCCAGUCCCACGUCUCCUACUUAACAGCCGGCUUUAUCGGCGAUUUCGCUGCAUCGAUUGUUUAUGUCCCUUCUGAAGUCUUGAAGACCCGACUUCAACUUCAGGGACGAUACAAUAACCCUCAUUUCAAAUCCGGAUAUAACUACCGUGGAACUCUAGAUGCCGCGAGGACUAUCAUUAGAACGGAGGGCUUUGCGGAGCUCUUCUCCGGGUAUAAGGCAACUCUAUAUCGAGACCUGCCAUUUUCCGCUUUCCAGUUCAUGUUUUAUGAACAAUUCCAGAGCUGGGCCCGACAGUAUAAGAAGAGCCGGGAUAUCGGGGUUCGACUAGAACUUCUCACCGGAGCUGCUGGCGGAGGACUCGCCGGUGUUCUUACUUGUCCCCUUGACGUAGUAAAAACACGAUUGCAGACACAGAUCGAUCCAGUUCCGGCUGUAGGGAAACCGAAAGAUCGCUCGGCCAAGGAGACUAUGUCGGGGCCCAAAGAUACAUUAGAAAAAGAAACUCGGUCCUUACGUCCACAAAAACAGCAACAGCGUCCUAUUUCAACUUCAUCGCCUUCCACACACACGCCGCGACCAGGCGCGAUUCCAUUAGACGAGGAUUCUAUAUUCAGGGGUCUCAGGCUGAUUUAUAAGACAGAAGGCAUUGGCGGAUGGUUUAGGGGAGUUGGGCCACGAUUCGUCUGGACUAGUGUACAAAGCGGUUGCAUGCUAUUCUUAUACCAGACUAUCUUACGAAAAUUAGAGGUAUGGCUUCCGAUAGAGAGAUCUGAUAUCUCGGGUUAA